AUGGCGCCAGCCGACGACCGCAUGGCCCGAUUCAAGGCCCUCCAGGCGCGAGCCAAGACCUCGUCGGAAACCAACUUGAAAGAAGCCACAAAGGAGUCACAAAGAUUGGGAACAGAUCAGAGCCAACUUACCGCCCUGCAACGCAAACAUGACAUCGCAGCGCACAAGCUGCUCAAGGCAGAGAUCCAAGAAUCCGGCAAAGACUUUGAGCGCAAGCGAGCCUGGGACUGGACCGUCGACGAGAGCGAAAAAUGGGACAAGCGAAUGAAGAAGAAGGCCGCGCAUCGCGACAACAAUGCGUUCAGCGACGAACAGCAAGAAAGCAACAAGAUCUACAAGCGCCAACUCAAGAACAUCACUCCGGACAUGGAGCAAUACGAGAAACAAAAGAUGGCUGCUAUUGAGAAGGCAGCCGCCUCGGGCGGCCUCGACAUCGUGGAGACUGAAGACGGCGAACUUAUUGCCGUCGACAAGGAUGGCUCAUUCUACUCCACGGCCGACACUACCACAUUUACACAGAACAAGCCUGAAAAAGCUGCCGUGGACCGGUUGGUCGCGGAUUUGCGACGGGCUGAGGAGCAGAGACUCAAGAAGAGAAAGGAGCGCAUGGCUAAGAAUGGCGAUGACGGUGAUGUCACGUACAUCAACGAGAAGAACAAGCAGUUCAACCAGAAACUUGCACGGUUCUAUGACAAGUACACUGCCGACAUUCGCGACAGCUUUGAGCGUGGCACAAUGAUUUAA